AAUCCGUCUCAGCGGAUGUUGACCCUCAUCAGCAGGAUCAGAGCUGCUAACGUCAAACAACAUCAGUUACACCGCGGACAGGUUGCGUGUCUCACAAAACCAGAUUGUGGCACGGUUCCUACAUCUUUCUUAACCCAGUAGCAGAAUAAAAGUCCUCAGGAGAGAUUUGAAGGGAGCUCUGUGCCCAACCCCUUUCCCUAUACAGACUUCCGGCCAGUAUGUCCAGUGAUCCUCCUCCUCCGUACCCUGGAGGUCCCAGCGCCCCACUUAUUGAGGAGAAGAAUGGACAACCUGUAAGAAAUGUUCCAAUACAGGGACAGCCCUUGCCUCCAGACUACGGUCCUCCACCUUAUGAGGCCCCACAGCCAGGCUUUCUUCCCCCACAUGUACCUGGAGAAGGGCCCAUGCCCAUGCCAAUGCCUCCACCACCACAAGGAGGCCCCUACCCACCUCCGCCCGGUCACUAUCCUCACCCAAUGCCAGGACAGAUGGGCCCUGGUCCCAGUCACUUUGUCCACAUGGGAGGUCACACAGCGACCGUCCUGGCUCCUCCGGGAGCAGCCACCACUGUGACCGUACUGCAGGGGGAAAUGUUUCAGACCUCACCAGUGCAGACCGUGUGUCCGCACUGUCAGCAGGCAAUCGUCACCCGCAUCUCCCACGAUGUCGGCCUCAUGAACACACUCUUCUGCCUCUUCUGCUUCUUCGUAGGGUGUGAUCUCGGCUGCUGCUUGAUUCCCUGUCUGAUUGACGACCUCAAGGAUGUGACACACACCUGCCCUUUUUGCAAGGGCUACAUCUACACAUACAAGCGUAUAUGCUAACCACCGACAGCUGUAUGCUACAGAGACGUGUACAUGCACACACAUAAAACUCACAGUUCCUCCUGCUGGUAGUGACAGGCUUUUUUCCUCCCAUUUUUGCAAAGUGUCGUGUAGCCCUCUUAAAUUGUAAGUGCAGUUUUUUCUCAUUAGUUCACAGAAUAUUUACUGUAUAUAUCUUUGAGCAUAAUUCUUUCAUGUGUAAACAUGCAUUUGAAAUGUACAAAUCUCACUGAGCUACAGAAGACAUAGGGCACAAAAAAAACGAGAUGGAUAGGCAGCUUGCACGCAGGUGCAUCUGAUCCGGUAUAGAAACUCUGAGACAAGGCUUGUGAUGUUAUGCAUGAUAAAGGUCAAAAAAAUAAUCUGGAUAGACAGCCUCAGUAGGAGAAAGCUGUGAAAAUGGUCACUUUAUUUAUUUAAAUCAUCUGUGAAUCUUGCUGAGAAGCAGCAUAUUGAAGACAAACAUGCCGGGUUAGCUUUGUUUUGUUUUUUCUCAUAUUUAUUUCAGAUAUUUUAUCCAUUAUUUUAACAAGUUAAUAUUGAGAACUGUGAACAUUUUUGUCCAUGUAUGAUCAUUUUGGUUCUAACAGAUCUAGUUUUUCCUUUUAUCAUUAUCCCUUUUCGAAUGUGAGCAAACUAACGAACCAUUCGCAGCUCGAUAGACCGACGUAUUUGCUUGUUUGGCGAACGACCGAGAUUGGUGUUACAUGCUAUAUUUAUUAAUCUUCAGGGCUUCAGUCAGUAGUCACAAAAUGCCGAGUGAUUAACAGUUACCGCCCUCUGUCCAUGAUGUACUUAUUUUGAAGAUAAAGCCAAGAUAUGCACUUUAAGUUGGAAUUCAGUCCCCCCAGCCCCCCUCUGAUGCAUUCAUGAAAACUCUCAACCUCAGCUGUCAUUAGUCUGAGAGAUUUGGGCUUUGAGGACUUUCAGUGUCAGACUUUAGACUUUAGAGUUUUACUGUUACUGAUGGAGACACACUUAAUGAACUCUUAGCAAUCACAUGUCCUCUCUCUAGUUAAGAACGUUGGCAAACAAACUACAGUGGUGGCACCAUCAUCAUCACAACAUUGUUUAGCCUGUGACCCUCCUAAUGCGGCAUCGGACCUUUAAGAUUACCCGCAUUGCUCAGAUGCAUGUUAGAUGAUAAAUACUGAUGUCUUUUGACUAAUAUUAAAUAGUGGCCUCCGCUAGGAAAUAAGCUACAAAUAAAUGACUGUAUCAGACAUCCUGCAAAACAACAUUGUGAUUCCAUAGAGAUUACUACUAACAACAAAGGAGCAUUGUAUGGCCACCACAGCAUGCCCGACCUGCCAUUCACCUUCACUCACUAAGUGCAGUUUGUCUGCAUGAGCCACACAUCCAAACGAAUAAUUCUCACCGGCUAGUUCCUUGACUCUAUGUGCAUUUGAUUUUGUUUUUUCUUCUUGAGGCUAGCUAAGCUGUGCAAGAAAGUGAAUUUUGAGUUGAAGGAUUGCAUUGAACUUUUAAUACAAAGUACUGUAUGCCAUUGUUGUGGAUAAUGCUGGUCUGCAUUGCUCUCUAAAUGUCCGUGAUAUGUAUAACUAUGUAAGUCAAAAUUUGUUUGACUGUUGUAUACAGGUACUAUUUUAUCAAUAAAAAUCAGAACAUGA